AUGGGGGCGGGGUUUUCUAAGCCACUAGGUUGCUUUAUGCAAAUGAUCCUACUCCGCUUUAGCCUAUAAUCAGGGGAGGCACUCGGUGCCACGCCCCCUCCAGUACUCAACCGAGAGUUACGUUAUUCUUUUAAACGUUAAAGCGUGACAGGAGUUACCGUAGAGUCGAUGUAAGCUCACAGCGGAACCCAACUCUGACGGAAAAGGCAGGAAGACCACCUGACUCGCUGGGAAACGACCUUUACGAGACACGUUUCACUUGUUGCGCACUUGUUAUUUUCUCCCACUGGGACCGAGUUACUUUGAAACAUGCGUCUGUCUGUCUGUCAUCCGCCGAUGUUCUGCCUCUGAGCUCACGGUUUGUCUGGAUUUCUGAAUGCAGCGCGUCCGAAAUAAACAGCUGUGAAAGGUAUUAUCAGACAGAAGAAACUCCAGAGUUCAGCGUAGGCGUAUGUGGGUUUAUUUAUUUAUUUCUUUAUUUUUAAUUAUUAUUGGCAUUCCUCCUGAAUGGCUGUAAUUGAGCUUUAAUAGACAACCCGAGCGCUGAUUAAGAUGAACAUGAUCUCUGCGGAGUCUGUGAGCGGCUGCGGGUCCCACAGAGCCACCGGCGGCUGGAGCUUUCACAUUCUCUACAGUGUCCUCCUCCUGUGGAGCGACGAAAUGCACGGACUCUCCGACUUCUCCAAUUAUUUAUUCAGGAUCAUCAUCAGUCACUCAGCACAUGCCCGUGAUGGUGAGCUUCUGCUGCUUUCUUGCCCACGCCACUCCACCAUCUCUGUGCGGUCUGCCUUUUACAGGCCUCACACACCUCUCACAUACUGCAAUGCACCUACAGCACUGCAGAAGAUGUUAUCAGAAUGCCAAGGCCGGAGAAACUGUCAAGUCUUGGUUAAUUACCGUCUGUUUGGCAGUGACCCCUGUCCUGGAACCACCAAACACCUUCAUGUAUCAUACAGCUGCAAACCUACGGAAAAUAAAAACAGAACCAGAUGUGAGGGAGAUCAAAUGCUUCUUCACUGUAAGUACCCAAAGUUGCUCAACAUCUAUUCAGCCGUGUAUGGGCGGGAACUGGGAGAGAAAGCAGCUUGUCUUAUAGAGGAAGAGCAACCACCUCCCUUUGAGUGCUUGUAUCAUGGAGCCCUAGACACAGUAAAAAACUUGUGCUAUGGAAAGCAGCGGUGUCUUAUCAUAAUUAAUGAUCAGCAAUUCAGAAAUCCCUGCACGCCUGAAACAAAGAAGUACCUCAGUGUUGUCUACUCAUGCGUUCCACAGAGUUUACUCAAAGAGGCUGACCCCAACUUUUUCCAAACUACCACAAUACCCCAGGAGACCACCAAAGCUAGGAAGCUUCCAGAUGUCAGAGAGUCCAGAUUGCCAGGUAAAAAAGGCAUCCUAGUGAGCAACUCUCUUAUGGCAUAUGGAUACAUUAAAGAACAUCCUGAUAAAGCUGGACUGCUCUUCGUCUCGAGUGUGUGUCUGGGACUGAUCCUUGUCUUACUGGCCAUCUCUAUGAGGAUAACCUGCACCAGGCAUCUUAAAGGAUUGAGCUGUCUAAACAAGACGACAGUCACUGUGGAACCAAAAGACAAAGAUGAUGAUGAAGAAGAAGACAGUGAUGAAGAGUCAGAGCCAUUGGUGGACAGCUCAAUGAUGUCAGAGGUGUGCAGGAAAGUGUAUUGUUGGGAAGAGGCAAUAUACACGACUGAGGCAGCUGAACUGAUCGAGAGGCUGGAACGACGAGAGAUGAUCAUCCAGGAGAUCGGGAUGAAUGCAUACCUCAAUGGCACUUCCUGCACUCUGCACUGAUACACGCUGGCUGUUUUGCUGGAUAAAAGAAUGAAUACAUGUGAAUGUGUUGAAAUCAGAAUGUAGAAGGUUGAAGGAGUCCUUGGCUUGCCUGAUCACUGUGUGGUCAUUAAAUAAAUGAUGUAUGACUUGUG